GGAGACAAUUACGGUAACACCAUCGCGUAUGCAUGCUAAACAAACCUGAAGUGAGUUUUUCUGAAUGAAUGAAAUCAGUAAAUGAUGCAAAAAUAGUAAAGAUGCAAACUAGCUGUUCUGCUAACUCAGUGUUUGAAAAUUAAUGCAAUAAGGUAACUAGCUAAGAGGCAGAAUCCCUCAAUAGAUCCUGAACGGUGGAAACAUUAAACAUAAGUCUAAGUAGAGGUCGGGACCAGUCUAUGGUCGUGACGUGCCGGUUUGACUCGGUCCCCACUUGGUCCACGGCAGCAUGCAGGCUGAGUUUCGGGCUCCCCGGAGACGGACCCGGGUCUAUGAGGAGUACGAGGCUCCGCUGCCGGUGAGCCGCGACGCGGAGGAGAAAAGCCACUUCAGGGCGGAGUUCAUCAACCAGCAUGUGCUCGUCCAUCACCCGGACCACAUCCACAAGAUCCACAACCAGGUCCGAGUUCGUCCAUUUUAGUCAAGCUUGGUCUGAGUUAGUCCAUAUUAGUCAAAUCAGGUCUAAAAGCAGUCCUUAUAGUUCACACCAAGUCUGAAUACAUCCAUAUUAAUACAUCAGAAAUCUGUCACUUCAAACAGUCCUGAGUUCAUCCAAAUCAAAGACUCCUGUCAUUAAAACCAGUUAAUUGUGUUAACCCGCAAAAUGGCACAAGGACAACAUAGCAGAUAGAUUUUUUUUGUAUUGUUGUAGCUUAGAAGUUUUUGUUCAACGCAGUUUUUUUUUUUUAAAUUUGAUCUUAUUUUGUAUUGAUUUCACAUAUCAAUAUUCCAUCAACAUUUUACAUAUAUUGGACAAAUUUCCAACAGUAUAUAAUAUUUCUCCACCGUAGAGCAGAGACAUAGUUAGACAUAAACUUCUUAAGUAAAGUUACAGUAGAGUAACUGUGUAGUAAAAUGAAACACUUUUCCCUCAUGUCCUUAUUUUCACACCUCUCUUGUAUUGUCUCGUUUCUCCUGUUGGAGGGUAAAUAUAAUAAACAUAUGAAUAAUGAACAGGUUUGUAGCCUGAACCAAGGGUGUCAAUAGUCUACAAUACACAAUGCCUUCACUUCACAAAGUCUGCUCUCAAUUAAGACACAAAAUUAACCCAGUUUUUUUAGUAGUUUUCGAAAGUAUCUGUUUUAGUCUAGAUGAGUAAAUCAGCUUCUCCAUUCUAUACAUAUCAAUGAGUACCUCUACCCAAUCCUCUAUUUUUGGUGAAUCUGUUUUUAGCCAAUUUCUGGUGAUGGCCUUUUGAGCCGCCAUUAACACUAUUCGAAAUAUAUUUUUCUUCUGACCUUGUCAUUCAGCGUAGUUUUAAUGCCAGCAAACUUUUUUUAAUUUAAGUUGUGAGAGGAGCAACCAAACAGGUAAAAAGUUGUGUCCAUGGCAUGGGUGUCAUACACAUCUGUCAUGGUUCCAUUAAUGUUGAACUAUAUAAACAGAUUUAGGAGUAACAUAUGCUGCUAUCCAGACAGUGACUUUUUUUAGGGAAGACCCUCAUAUUUCAGUAAGACAAUGACAAACCACAUUCUGCAGGAAUUACUCUGCAUGGCUCUGUAGUAGAAGAGUCUUGCUGCUGCUGCUGCCAUCUUUGUAUCUUAGGCUGAACCGGUUCUGUCUUGUUUCAGGGUUAUUUUGGUAAAGGGAUCCUCUCCAGAGCCAGACCAGACCACAGCAUCUCCGACCAAUGGGAGCGUGAGUUUACAACAACAGUAUGACAUCAUCAGCAGUCUGGCCUGAUCAGUGCCGCUCUCUGCAGUCAGCUGGUCUCUGUUUCUGUUUCAGAACAUGAAGGCCUGAUGCUACCUGUCGUCACACAGUCCAGGUGAGUGAUGUCACGAGUUCACCUGAAACUUCACAUUAUGCUGCUCUCAGAUAAUCCUCCCUAUUUUACUCUUCUUCUCCUCGCCUCCCUCAUCCUUUUUCUCUCAACAACUCCUCUUCUUAUUUCCUCCCCAUCUUUUCCACUCCACCUCCUCACUUUCUUCCUCUUAACUUCUCUUACUUUUCUCCUUCUCUUCAUCUUAUUCUUUUGUUCCUCCUUCCCAACAUCAUAAAGCUGUUAACUGCAGUCUCCUCUGUUCUUUAUCUGUCACUUCCUCCUUUCUCCUCCCUCAGGUAUGAGGAGCUCCUCAGUUGGGCAGGUUCAGUACUCUACGCUCAGGGAUUGGAUGAAGACGCUGUCAAUCAAACACUGCUUGGACUGUCUCAGCCAGUAGACGUGGAGGAUGUAAGGAGGGAGAUGGAAGGAGGAGAGAAUGGACAGAGGAGAGAAAAGGAGGUGAAAGAGGAGGAGCCAGGAACAGAGGGCGGAGUCUGUCCUCAGACAAAAAGGCCACUGGACGAGUCAAAGGUGGAGCCGGAGACCAAGAGGUGCAACAGGUAAAGUUUGUUCUCUGUUCACUGUUUCCAAACUCUUGCUUCCAUUGUGUUGAUCAGGAAACUACAGAGUGCCUUCACUCCUGCAGGGUGAUAGUUUUUAGUUUUUUUCAAUCUUGUGCACACAGUGUUACACAUCUUCUGGGAAGUAGUAAAGCAUGUCUGUCCGUCUGUCUCUGACUGAAUCAUAAAUGUUUUAAAAGUCAUAUGGGACCAUGCAUCACUUCUUCACUUUAAGAGCUUUGACUUAAUUUCUGUGAUAAUAUUCAUGAAAUAAAAUACAAGAUUCACCAGAUUUCAUAAAAAAUUUGGCUUGUGUUUUGUUUUGAUUCAGAAGGACAUUUCUCACUUUUCAUCCAGCAGUUGUUAGCUCAAAAGCACAUGUGCACAAUGGCUACAGACACACACAUGGAUACACACACCUCUCUCCUCCUGUUCCUCUCUCCCUGCUCUCCUCUUUCCACCUGUGGCUGCCUGAUAGUUCGUACCACUAUUGCACCACUGUGUUAAAGAAACUGCAGUCCACCUUCAAUCUUAUCGGGGUGAAUUAACUAAAUGCAAAAAGGACAACAACAACAAAGUGGUCUCAGUCUUAAACAACAAGGUGACAUGCUUUCUAACUGUCAUCAGCAGCUGCUAAAAAAACAGCAUCGGUGGACCUCUAAAUCAAGCACCUGGAGGGAUUAAAGUCUGUGAGUGUGAAGAUUAGGGCUGUACAAUCAGGCAUCUUUUUGCAACAUCUUUUGAGUAGCCUCCUGUUGGUCAAAGCUUGUGGGGGCAUUUAUGCAUUGACUUUGAUCCAUUGACACAGGGGCUGUCUCCUUUUACUACUCAGGAUGAUCUUAUGUCUCUUAUUCUUUCAUGCACUGUAGUUGUGCUACUUAUGAACCUGUUGCACAUCCAGUUGCUGUUUAUCAUCUUUGUUGUUGACCUGCUGUAUUUCUUGUUAAGGUUUUUUGUAGUUCAGAACUUUGAAAUUUGAUGAACUCUUGUUUAUUCAGGUCAGAGUCACAGGACCUGAAUCCUGUCUGUGAUCUGAGCCCUAGCUCAGAUCAGGAAUCAGACUCCAACCAUGACCCCACCUCAGACUCAGACUCUGACUCCGACUGUGAUCCUGAUCCUUUGGUCCCAGGUCCUGGGUUUGUCCUGGUCUCUGAUGGUGAGGUGAGUCUGGUGUCUGAUUUUAAGUUAUAACAAAGUUAAAACAUGAAUGUAACCUCAGGUACUCCACCGGGUGGAGCUGAGGCCUUAAUUUCUCACACUGUCAUUCAACUAAGCCACGCCUCUACUUUAAAAAAAAUCCACACUCUUAGCCUUGAUAGUUUUUAAAAGGGUGUUUUAUUAAAAAAAAAAUAAAAAAACGUGCAUUUUUCACGAAUAGCUAAAUAGACUGUAGAGACUUAAUCUGUUUUUAACCAAAGCUGUAUACUUAUUUAUUCAAUGAGUGUUUUUACAUGGGGCUUAAAAGCAGAAAAUUAGAAUGUUUUUAUUCUUUUUUUUUGUGGAUUGUCUUGUUAACAUGACAGUUCAUGGUAUUUAAAAGCAUUUUUAUGGUAGUGCAUUGUGUGACUGAAGCAAAACAAAGUUUAUGACAAAAGAUGUGCAGAAAAGCUUUUAGACUCGACUAAGUUAGUUAUGACAAAAUUCAUUUGUGAAAUUUCAUGAUUUUUCGUUGUUUGGGCUUUGAAAAUAUUACCUUUUUAUAGGCCUUUUAGGAUCCUAAAAAUGUCUGAAGAGUCUGUUUAGAUCAAAUAUCUAGAAAAAAAUCUGCUUCAAAGUUGAUAAUGUCUUCAAAAUUCUGAAAGUCUGUUGGAUAAAGUAAGAGGAGGUCAAGUUUAAGGUCAGCCAUAGAUCAUAAAGCUCUGAUAGGGAAACAUUUUACUUUGUAAGAAGUGAAUCUACACACAAAACAUUUGGAACACUCUUGGAAAAUGCCCACUAGAUGGUGCUGUAAUAUGAUAAACUUCCCUUUUAAACUAAAACUAACUUUACAGACAUUUUGACACUCUGGUCAUGCAAAUAAAACAUGUCUUCAUUUUAGUUCUGUGGAUGGAGAUAUCUUUUGUGAGGGGACUGUCCUGAAGGCUUCUAAAAUCAUCUGAACGUGGGAGGUCUCAUUUGAGGAACUUCUUCAUCUCCUUACUCAAAACCCUCAGUCCUCUCACAAAUGCAAUAGUCUUCAUCAAACGAACUAAUAUAUCAGAGUUCUCCGCCUCCUCCCUGGUUUUACUUUCAUACCUCUCCUCCACUCUUUUCCACUCCUCCUUCAGCUCACUGUCAUAGUGUUCCUUCAGUUCUCUCAGCUGCUCUUCUUUUUCCUCUUUUGCUUUCUUUCUCUCUGCUUCUAUUUCCUCCCUCUCUCUCUUCCUCUCCUCGUUCAUCUUCAACUUCUCCCCCUCUCUCUCCUCUUCCAUCUCUUUCCUCUCCCUCUCUCUCUCAGUCUGUAUUUCCUCGCUGAUUUUCUUCAUCUCUUUUUCAUACUUCUGCUUAAUUGUCUUCUCUAGUUCUUCUUUGUCUUUGCGUAUCUGCGCCUCUUUCUGCUUCAGGAUAUGUUGUUUCUUCUCGUCCAGCGCCUGCUCAGCCUCUUGGAACAUCUCAUUGGUGUAGUGACUUCCUCCGUUCCUCUGGACUACAUUUCUGAUCUUCUGGAGCAACUCAGUGACCUGAGAGCGAUCUAUCUUUUCCGUGUUGUUGAAGACAUGGUACUGGCCAUGACAUCUGGCCACAAACUCCUGCAGGUCUGGACUUCCUGCCAAGAAAUCUUCGAUGGUGGUGUUUUCCAAUUCCAGCUCAUCACCUCCAGUAAACAGGACCAUACUGUAUCUGUCUGCAGCCUGGCCAAAGAUCUCUUGAAUCCUCUGCACUGUUUGCUUCCCCUCACUGGUGUAUCUUCCCAGCCUGAUGACCACCAGGAACACAUGGGGUCCAGGAGCAGCAUAAAUGAUGCACUUGGUGACAUCUUUGGUUGUUUUUUCCAUGUCAUACCUGGUGUCAAACAGGCCCGGAGUGUCGAUGACAGCAACCUUUUGUCCAUCCACUGUACAUCUGCCCUUUGAACAGUUUACAGUCAUAGACUCUGCACCGAGCUUUGAUUCAAACCACUCUCGACCCAGGAUGGUGUUUCCACUGGCACUCUUUCCAAUUCCAGUCUUCCCCACCACCACUAUCCUCAGCUCCUCAUCAUUUGUUAAGAUGUGUCCUGUGUAAAAAGUAGGAAAAACUCACUAAGAAGCUGCUCAAAGCUCAUAGUUCAAUGUAUUAAAUUUCACUUAAACAUAUAACUUAAUCUUCUUAAGUUAAACUCCUAAAUUCCUUUGGAUUAACCCUCGUGGGACGAUUAAAGGAACAUAGUAUCUUGUCUCAAGAGUGGGGUUGCUGUUGAAAAUAUAAAUUUAAUUUGAUGGUUUGCAAAUCAUACAAAGUCAAUGUAACAUUGAAUUACCGUAAAGACAACAUAUGAAAUAUUAAAACUGACAAAAAAUAUAUAUUUUUGAUUAAAUUUAUUGCCAGCAACAAGUUUCCAAAGUGUUAGUACAGGUUCAUGUUUUUCAUUGUGUGUCAUCCGCUCUUCUUUCACCAACACUCUGAAAAUGUUAGUGAACCCAGCAGACCGGUUUCUGGAGUUUCAAAAGCAAAAUGUCCCAUUCUAGCUUGAUAAAGGAUUCACUUCAGACUUUGCAUUAUUUUUGGUGUCAUGAUGCUCCAAAUGUUUUCAGUGGGUGAAAAGUCAGGACUGCAACAGACCAGUUUAAUCAGCAGCAGAACUCCUCUACUACAGAGCCGUGCUGUUGUAAUCCCUGCAGAAUGUGGUUUGUCAUUGUCUUGCUGAAACAUGAGUGUCUUCCCUGAAAUAGUCAUUGUCUGGAUGGCAGCAGAUGUUGCUCCUAAACCUGGUCAUAUAGUUCAGUGUUAAUGGAGCCUUUACAGAUGUGUAAGAUACUCGUGACGUGGACAAUUACGAUCCCCAAACCACCAGGGAUGCUGGCUUUAAACUGUAGUGAUAGCAAGCUGUGGAUGGUAAGGAUUUCCAAAAAGGAAGUCAAUUUCAGACUUAUCAGACCACAGGGCAGUUUCCUCCUCCCUGUAAUCCAUUUUAAACAGGCUCAGGUCCAAAAGUUGGGAACAUUGGCUUUUUAACUUCAAACUGCUUGUUUCAGUCUGUUUUUUAACAAAUUUUUUUCACCUCUGUUUUUUUAUGUGCUGAUGUGAUGUUUGUAUCGUGUAGAGUUCAACACUUACGAGAAAAGGCGGCAGUUCCUCUAACUGCCUUCACUUCUAACUGAAAGUGAAACUGUGUAACAAAAGCCUCUCCACCCAUCCACAAUGGCUUUUGUUUGAACAUUUCUCACAUUUUAACAAUAAACCUUUUGCUUAACAAGAUUUUACUUUUGUUAACAAAUAAAUUUACAAAAAUAUUUGGCAGAACACAACUCAAUAAGAAAAAACCUCUUCUCAGUUUUCCUUUGUGGGACAGAAGUCAAAUACUCCUACUGACCAAAAUACUCCUCUCUGAAUGGUAAUUUUAGUUGUUAUGAUGUUGUGAUUUAAAGUUUGCAGUAUCAUUGAGAACAAAUGUUAAACAGAGCUCUUUGUUAAACCACUUCAAAUAACUGAGCAUUAAAACAUAACACAGUAUCAUGACUUACCUGAGUUAACAGCCAUGUUCAAUAUGUUAUGUCUGCCUUCCACCGUGAUGUGAAAGAGUUUGAGGUUAAUUCUUCUCCUGAAGACACAGAGCUCCCUGUGUGUGCUCCAUUGUCAUUCGCUCACACACCGGUAUAUAUCUGCACUGGGAUCAAAAUGAAAGUGAAACUUAGUCUUGAAUUUGCGUCAGGGGGAUUUUUUUUUUAACUCUUCAGCCCCCAAAGAAUUUGAACUCUGUGUAAAAGGUGGAUAAAAACAGAUUGUGGUGAUUUUUAAAAUGUAAAGUUUGGGGUUUUUGACGACAAGACAGGUUUUACUUUGCCUCAGUCCACCUUAAAUAUGUGUGUAGAUGUAUUGACUUUUGUGUUGUUGUGUGUGUCCUCAGGAAGUCAGGGAGGUCCGGCGAUGUCCCCUCACUCUCACAGAGUAUCUGCAGCUCAGUCUGGAGGAGGUAACACACCAACACUAGCACAUGUUUUUAUCCUCUCACAUUUCAAGUUUCACUCCAGUCAUCUUCUGUCUGAGUCUAAACACUACAUUACCCAUGUGCCCAUAAGCUACUGCUGUCAUGGAAAAGUAAUAAGUCCGAAGAAAUGUUUGAUUACACCUUGACUUUGACAGCAGGUAAGGGGCAUGGCCUUCUAACAGCUGUCUGUCUGUCUCUGCAGGCCUUCUUCCUGGUCUACAGUCUGGGCUGCCUGUCUGUCUACCUCAACCAGGUAAAUGUCUGUCUCUGUAUUUUUACCUAGACUGAAAUCAAAGGUCACUGAGGUGUAAAAAAAAGUAUUGAGGCCACAUUAAAGAAACAAAAAAGCAUUAAGAUUUCAAAAAUAGAGUCAUGAUUUUGCAAGAGUGCAGUUAGGUUAUGGGAAUUAGCAUGACAUUAAAUACAAGAUGGGUAAAAUCAGGGCUUAUUGAACACACUCUUGACCACACAACCCUUUACUCAUCUUUGAUUGGUCAGGAGCCCCUAUCAAUCCUUCAGCUGUGGCAGACAUUCCGGUCCCUGCGUCCUGACUUCAUCAGCUCUUAUGCAGCCUAUCAGCACUUUCGAAGCAAGGGGUGGGUCCCUAAAACAGGGGGCGGAGCCAAGUAUGGUGUCGACCUCAGUAAGAGACACACAAACACACAAAAAAAUUAACUUAAAAAAAAAAAAAAAAGGAAAGCAAAACUUGGUGUACUGUUUGAUGUUUUUUUUUUUUUAAUUUCCUCCUACCCUUUAUUGUAUUAUUAUUUAUUUAAUUUGCUGAUGCACUGUAUGUUUUAUAUUGUAAUGAUGUUUUUGGUGUGUGCUUGUGUUAAUUGUUUUUAAUUAGCUUCGUUUGUCUGUUUUUGUGAUUAUCACUGUUCUGUCUAUUGGUGGUUUAUGUCAUGUUGUGUUAUUUUUGUUAAAAUAAAAAAACUAUUAAAAAAAAAAAAAAAAAAAAAAAACACACACAAUAAAAUCCCAGAUUAGGAGCAGGACAUUUUCCAGAAACCAGAAAAGAAAAAAAUGACCAACCACAUUACAAUGGGAUAUGUACCUUGAGAAUGUCUUUUUUUUCCUGUGUUUUCAGUGUUGUACAGAAAAGGCCCACCUUUCUACCAUGCCAGGUACCACACACACACACACACUCCUCCUAACUCUGAUAAAAUUUAAAUUUUCACCCUCUGUCCUUGUCAUUCAUUUUACAAAAUGAUCUCCAAUAUGGUCAAAAACUGAUUGUCCUUCUUCUUCCCCUAUAGUUAUUCGGUGGUAAUUGAGCGGGUGGACGAUGAGUUCAGAGGUUCAGGGCUGCGUCCAUUUUCAUGGUGCUCUCUGGCAGCUCUUAACAGGAUCACCUCCAACGUUUCCAAGGUAAUAAACUGUUUGACUUUGCAGAGUCACAUUUGUUUGUUGUUUGUUUCUGAAGUAUUUGUUUCUUAUUUACAGGAGCUCAUGUUUUGUUACAUCAUCUAUCCAGCAAACCUAUCAGAGGUAGAGCUGGACUCACCUGCAUGUCUGAGCAAACUGAAAGUUCAGGUGAGAAACCAGAAGAAACUGACAGUUUUCAGAUUCAAUUAUGAUUCGCUAGUCAGUCUGAGGAAAGUAAUCUGAAAGUGUUUGGAUCGGCUAAAGAAGUUUAUCAUACAAAAUAUUAUUAAAAACUUCUUUGAUCUGGUCACAUGGUUGCUCCCCAAACUGAUAACCAAAUUGUAAAUAAUUUAGAGCACAAAAAAAUGUCUCACUGGAUUUACUAUUAAAAGCUUUACGUACUAGAAACAAAGAAAAGUUGAACAUCAUUCUUAGAGGCAGAUAUUAUGACCAGACAAUAGCCAAUUGAGUUCUGAGAUCAGGUUUAUAUAAACUGUUAGAAAGGUUUUUAAAACAUAUUAGUGUCUUCUUUUUACAGAAAUAAGCUUUGGUCAUGGUUACAUUCACAUUUUGUAAAAGCCCUUCUGACAAACAUCAUAUGUCCAUAAUGAGGAUGUGAUUUCCCAUCAGGAGGUGAUUGUCAGUAGGUGGGUGUCUUCCAGAGAGCGAGCCGAGCAGGACAACAUCUGAAAGAAGGAUUUACACACUGACAACAUCACAAAGAGACUGGUGAUGAGGAUCACAUGAAGAUAAAAUGUUUAUUUAUGGACAAAUCAGAAACAAGAAGACACAAUGGGAUGUCACAAAAAGACUGUCCAGAUGUCUGAGUGUCCUUGAAUGCAUCAGCUGGUCGUCUUCAGUGGGGUCCAGGUCAACUGUGAUGUUUUCUUUUUUACCACCUGAGAUCAGAACUGCUAUAUAUGCUGUACCUCCAUAGGAUCAAUUAAUCAAAAAAGCUGCACUCCCACAAACUCUGAUUUUUUCACUUUUAGACACUGAAGAUGUCAUGAUCAAGGCUGCUCAGACUUAUUGGUGAACCAACAUUUUCAGUGAUCUCAUUCUUUCACCAAUAUUUUGUGGUUACUUGCCUCUUAAAUGUGUCAGACAAGCUCUGACAACUCAAUACAUUCUGUUUGGUUUAGGUGAUCACGGGCAGAUGCUGAAAGGGAAGUUAUGUUAUGACUGUUUCUGUGUUGAUAUCUAUACUAGAUGUUUAAGGACCUUCAAGGAAAUAAGGAAACAAGACAAAGAAAACAGAGAGGGAAAUAGGAAAUAUGGUGAGUGGUUAUGCUUAUAAAGCAGAGAAAUCCUGCUCGACGCAUAAGACAUCAUCACCCUGCCUACUCUAAAAAAGUGACUUUUCCGAAUUUUAAUCAGCCCAGUUUAGCAUCAGGACAGUUAUACUGUUGUAAUAUGUGAUAGCUGGCUCUUAGAGGUGUUGUGACAUAAUAUUUCAUUUAUUACCAAAAAUCUAUAUAUCAAGCUCAAAUGUUGGGUGUCAACACUGAACAUGGAAAAAGUUUCAAAAAGUGAGGUAAAUGUGUAGUGGAGGAAGACUGCCAGCUGCUCUGUAUGGCUUGUUCAUUAAGUUAUAAAAGUUGUCAUGACUA